AUGGUGCCGAACAAAUCGCUGAUCUUCAGCGCCGUGCCCACCCACGCGCCCAUUCCAGGCGAGCACAUCACGCUCGAGGACCGGCCGUUCGACCUCUCCGCGCGCCCUCCUCAGCACGGCAUCACGGGCAGAACCCUCUGGAUCAGCCUGGACCCGUACAUGCGCGGGCGCAUGCGCCCGGCCUCGACGGCAUCGUACUCGCCGGCCUACACGCUGGGCGCACCCCUCACGGCGUACGCGCUAGUGCAAGUCCUCAGUUCUGACACGGACAUAUUCCACCCGGGGGACAUCGUCUACGGCCAGUUCCCCGUGGCCGAGUACAGCGCCAUCACGCGCGAGAUGCUCGACCGCCCCGUCGUGCGGAAAGUGUAUGCGCUCGAGGGACUGCCCGCGCCGCUCGCGCCGUUGAGCCCCUGGCUGAGCGUGCUGGGGUCGACGGGCCUCACGGCCUACGCGAGCCUCUAUAAGAUCGGGGUGCCCAAACGGGGGGAGACCAUCUUUGUGAGUUCCGCGGCUGGGGCGGUCGGGUUGUUCGUCGGGCAGAUCGCCCGCAUCGAGGGCCUUACUGUCAUUGGGAGCGUUGGGGAUGAUGAGAAGUUGCGGUUCAUCAGGGAGAGCGGUGGCUUUCAUGACGGGUUUAACUAUAAGAAGGAGAGGACCGCGGAGGCUUUGAAGCGUCUGGCUCCUAGUGGGGUGGAUAUCUACUAUGAUAAUGUGGGCGGAGAGCAGCUUGAAGCGGCGCUCGAGGCGAUGAACGAGUUUGGCAGGAUUGUCGUGUGCGGCAUGAUAUCGCAGUACAAUAAGCCGGCGGCCGAGCAAUAUGCCGUCCGGGGCCUCACGAAUGUCCUCUCCAAACGACUCAAGAUCCAGGGGUUCGUCGUUACGGAUCCGGAGUUUUUCAAGUACAGGGAGGAAAGGGACGAGAAGAUGAUCCAGUGGCUCAAGGAAGGCAAGUUGAAAAACAUCGAACACGUUACUGAAGGGAUCGAGAACGCUGCAGAGGCUUUUGUCGCUAUGCUGGAAGGGAGCAAGGCGUUUGGGAAGGCUCUUUUGAAAGUGGCAGAUCCGGAAUGA